AUGGUGCUCUACAUAUUGGUAUUGGUUUUCAUCAAAUCAAUAAGCACAGCUCCUUUAAUAGAAUAUGACUUUUUUGAGGACAUUGAUAUAAAUGGGAACAGUGUAGGAGCGGAACUGGGCGACUAUUUCGAGGGGGACAUAAUCCUGAACCCUGAACAAAAGGCUGCUAUAGCGACUGCGCAGGAGUCGAGAAACGGUCUGCGAGGCGGCGCGAAACGCUGGCCCAACCAAACUGUUGUUUAUAGCAUAGAAGAAGAUGACUUCGAUGAAGAAGAAAUUGAAAUGAUAAAGGCAGGGAUGGACGACAUAGCCAGUAAGUCCUGCAUCAAGUUCCGACAGAAGGAAAACGAAGAACACGCUGUAUUAAUUAAGGGAUCAGCCAACGGAUGUUUCUCGAACGUUGGCUACAGCACUACUCAUGAUGAGGGCGAGGAACACCAGGUACUGAACUUGGCUCGCGGCUGCUUCAAGCACGGCACGGUGGUUCAUGAGAUGCUGCACACCAUCGGCUUCUACCACAUGCAGAGCACUUACGAUAGAGACGAUUUUGUCGAGAUUGUAUGGAAGAAUAUUAGAGCAGGCACUGAGCACAACUUUGCGAAAUACACGAGCGACACAGUAACAGACUUCGGUGUUCCCUACGACUACGGCAGCGUCAUGCAUUACCCAGAGACCGCGUUUUCCAAGAACGGGGAGAAAACCAUUAUUCCUACACAGGAAAACGUGAAGAUAGGGCAAAGAAAUGGGCUCUCGGAAAGCGAUAUAAUCAAAUUAAAUAAAAUGUACUGCGAAGUCUCCAAGGAAAUUCCGAUUAGCUACAUUGAUUAGCGAGUAAUUGGACUAAAAUUUGUAACAAAGACAGUUCACGCUCGAUUCAGCUAUACGGUAUAUCUACCUAUUAUAAAUUUAAAGUAUUUUAUAAGAACUAAGAAGUUUUUUGUUGUAAACAGCUAUGCACACUACACAGCCUACAAGGUA